GCCGGUGGGUCGAUCCCUGACUGAGGCUGGACCGGUACCUUUGUACCGGUGGGCAGAGGUCGGCCUCUAUGCUGCAAGGCCUGACCGUGCCCUGGACCGUCCAGAUGGACGGUUCAGCCCCAACCGGCGGGCGGCAGCCUCAAGAGCGCCGCCAGGCCCAAACGGUAAUGUCGUUUGGCCCUGCCCGUCGGGUCUGGUCCAAGUCGAUUCAUCGAUCGAGGAAAGUCAGCAGCUAUGGUUGAGCUUCCCGUCAUUCCGUGCAGAAGACUUGGAUCGCAGGGUAUGAUGACAUCGGCACAAGGGCUGGGAUGCAUGGGAAUGACGCCAUUCCGAAUGGACGCGAAACCGGAGGACGAGAUGAUCAAACUCAUUCACCAUGCUGUGGAUGUGGGUGUCACUCUUUUCGACACGUCACAGUCAUAUGGACCAUACACGAAUGAGAUUCUCCUGGGGAAAGCGAUUGCGUCCCUACCUCGCGAUAAAGUGCAGAUUGCGACAAAGUUUGGUGUGAUCGUCGACAGCAAUUUCACGAGUCUGUCUGUAAAUGGGUCGGCAGAGCAUGUGCGCGCUGCCGCUGAAGCAUCACUCAAACGCCUGCAGACGGAGUACAUAGACCUGUAUUACCAGCAUAGAGUGGAUGCGUCUAUACCCAUCGAGGUGACAGUGGGAGAGAUGAAACGGUUGGUGGAAGAGGGGAAAGUGAAGUAUCUUGGGCUGUCGGAGGCAAGUGCCGACACCAUCCGGAGGGCACAUGCUGUGCAUCCCAUCACAGCUGUCCAGCUGGAGUGGUCUCUAUGGACCAGGGAUGCGGAGGAGGAGAUCGUUCCCCUCUGCCGGGAGCUUGGCAUUGGGAUAGUGGGCUACAGCCCGCUCGGGCGUGGAUUCUUGUCGGGAUUAGGCACAGAUCUGAAGCUGAAUGAAAAUGACUAUAAGCGCGACCAUCCCCGGUUUCAACAGCGGGAGAAAAACCGCGUCUUCUACGAACGUCUCAAGGGCAUUGCUCAACGCAUGGGAGUGAAACCGGGGCAGCUUGCGCUUGCGUGGGUGCAUCAGCGCGGAGAGGACGUCUUCCCAAUUCCGGGGACCACAUCAAUCGCACACUUCCAUGACAAUCUAGGAGCGCUCGGACUCACCCUCUCCCAGGCGCAGAUGGAGGAGGUUGAAGCAGCUGUGCCAUUCCAUCAGAUUGCCGGGGAUCGCUAUCCGGCUGCGGCUAUGCGGCUCUCGUGGCAACAUGCCACAACUCCACCAUUUACCACAUAUGCUGCCCGCACAUGAUGAUGAUGAUGAUGAUGAUGAUGAUGAUGAUGAUGCCACCACCCCCUUGGAGGUUGACUACGUGGCGGAAUUGGACAACUGAAUAAUAUUUGUUGUUGCGUGUAUGCCGCCACAUCGUGAUGCCACCUUUACUUACUACUGAGGGCUGCAGGUCGCUGUUGUCUCUGACACGUCAGAGCAGAACGGAAACAUGCUUCCGCCCAAGGAAGACAGCGAUUUGUUGUUGCGUGUGUGCCGCCUCAUCGUAAUGCUACGUUUACGGAGGGCGCCAGGUCGCUGUUGUAUCAGAGAUGCGUCUGACCAGAACGAAAAGUUUAACAUGUUUCCCCCUAAGGAGGACAGCUUGACGCCAUCGAAUGGGCUUUACCUGGUGAUUACUUGAGCUUCAUGUGUUAAAUCCGCUGACUAUCUGAAGAUAUCUGAAGAUUUCUGAAGAUACCUGAAGAUACCUGAAGAUAUCAUGGAUAUGUGUGAUUGAUCCUGGUGGUGGUUUUUUCUUUUUCUUUUCUGUUUUCAGUUUGUUCGACUUUGUUCAACUUUGUUGGGUUUGUCUCUUCUUUGUGUUUUUUCCCCCAGACAGUCCUUUUUAUUUUUACUAAUUUAAAUUUUUUAUUAUUACUAAGAGACGGGAAAGCGGGUCCGGUGUCCCGCACAUCAGAUUCGGCACGGCACACCAUAUGUCCCUUCAGUUUGGUCAAGGGACCCUGAGACGGACCCUGAGACGGCAGCACCACUCUACCCCCGGGCCCGUGUCUUUCUAUGCUUUUUUUUGCCUAGUCUGUUCCCUGCGAAAAACACAAUUAUUACCUCCUUCUUCGGGCGCUGACAAUUUUUUUGAUGCCUCUUCUGUCUCCAAUUUCCUGCCUCUUCAGGCACCAACAAACAGGUUAUCGCUGU